UAGGGGUACAGGUCGAUUUACUAUACUUAUUGCUGUAAGCUGUAAUCCCUUCGUAUUCGGCGUAUUCUCUGGUUGAUUCUCGAGUGUGCAAAAAAUGAGUGAGCUUAGAGACUAAUGUAAAAAUUAAAAAAACUAGGAACGUAAAUUCAGUGACACAAUGGCAGUGUCAUUUUGUGGUAAACGUGUUGUUUUGACAAGGAGUUGUCUCCUUAAAACGACAAAGAGAAAGUAUGGAUACGUUAUCUUGCUUCCUGAAAUUGGUGAGGAUUUACCUGAAAAAAAUCCUCUUGUUAAAGAAAAUGGUUUACCAGAAUUCAACACUUUUACUAUCGAGCGUAGUAUUGCAGCAAUUGGCAAACAAACUGUGGAAUUUGAGCAAGCUGUCAAAAACAUAGAGGAACAGUUGGAAAAAAAAAAAGAUGUAGAUAUUGUCAACGAUGUGCUUCACCCUAUUGAAGAAGCAAGUACCUCAAUGGACUCAACUUGGGGCAUAGCAAAGGCUUUGUACUUUGGAAACCAGAGUUUGAUGCCAACAUCGUACUAUCAAAGUAUUCAUAAUCGGAUUUUAAAAGCAAGAGGCACCGUUCAUAUCAGUGUACCUAUAUACAGAGCCUGCAAAGCGGCCCUGGAGAAUAAAGACACAAAACUUACGCAGAGCCAAAGUCGAGCACUGACUAAAAUAACAUUAGAAGGUCGACUCAAUGGUUUGGAGUUGGCCCCCAAAAUGAAAGAUCAUUUUGACUUUUCACAUAGAAAAAUAAUAGUCAGGCAGGAUGAAGUCAACAAAAAGAUACUAUGUGCAACCAAAUUGUUUAAACAUCAAAUAACUAAUCCAACCGUCGUCAAGGACUUUCCAGAGGAUUACCUGAAAAUAAUCGCUGUUGAUCCUGCAAAUCCUCAAAAAGGUCCUUGGAAAAUAACACUCGAACCACACAUCAUGACACCAUUCAUGGAACUUUGUCCAAGUAGUGACUUACGAUGGAACGUUUGGCAAGCACUGGUAACGAGAGGAUAUCAGGGUGAUGAGAACAAUUUACGUACGAGUACUGCAAUCGAGACCAUAAGAGAUCAUCGUAUGAAGUAUUCAAAAUUACUCGGUUAUAAGUCGUACGCCCACUUGAGCAUGGAGACAAAAAUGGCUGGAAGCCUGGAUAACGUUUACAAUGUUUUGGACACGCUUCUGGACGCUGCGUAUCCUUCACAGAUGGUAGAACUUAACGAAUUGGAGAAAUUUGCACAAGAACGUGGAUUCGACAACACUCUGCGAGAUUGGGAUAUCGACUAUUGGGCAAGAAAGCAUCGACGAUCAGUGCUCAAUGUCAAAGAUGAGAUUCUCAGAGAUUAUUUCCCACUACCGAUCGUUUUGAGAGGUCUCUUUGACCUCGUGGAGAGGCUCUUUGACGUGAAAAUGGUCGAAACCCGGAAAACUGACGUUUGGCAUCCUGACGUACGGUUCUUCGAUGUAAUCGAUUUGAACGGAUCGAGCGAUGAGCCAAUAGCGAGUUUUUACCUGGAUCCUUAUGCAAAACGAGAUAAUGGUCUCCGGAUGCAAAGAGACGCCGGCUGGAUGGUUGCCAUUAGAAAUCGCAGCGUGCCUACGUCUACGAAACCGCUCGCUGCCUUAAUAUUUAAUUUCCAGCGGCCAACAAACGAUAAACCUUCGUUAUUGUCCUUCAGAGACGUAGCAGUUUUGUUCCACAAAUUUGGUUACGCUCUUCAACAUUUGUUGACAAAAGCCGAACUCUCUACAGUCGCUGGGAUGUCGAACGUUGAAUGGGACGCGACAGGAAUUAGUGGCCAUUUUUUGGAAAAUUGGUUAUAUGAACCCUCGAUGAUUCGUCAAGUAUCCAGCCACUACGACACCGCGGCUCCAUUGCCUGAAGAUUUCGUACAGAGCUUGACAAACAUAAGAUCCCAUAUGGCUGGUUUCAAACUUUCUCAGGAACUAUAUUACUCAAAGUUUGAUAUGAAACUUCAUGAACUCGACGAGUUUUGGGUACCGAUGAUGGAACGUUUAUGGAAAGAACAUUUCGUUAUACCGUUGGAUAAAACGAACAAUCACCUAACGUCGUGGGUUGAGAUUUUCGUCGGUCAAUGGGGUGCUGCAUACUAUAGUGAUGUCUGGGCGCGUAUGGCUGCAGCCGACGCAUACAGUACUUUCCAAGAACUUCCCGCGGGUGACAAAAAGCUUGAGAAAGAAACAGCGACUCGUUAUAGAGAAACAUUUUUAUCUCUUGGCGGAAGCGUUCCAGCCCUCGAAGUGUUUAGAAAGUUCCGAGGAAGAGAUCCAAAUCCAAAAGCUUUGCUAAAGAAUCUUUGUUUGAGAACAGAUCAAACCGAGCAACCUGAAUAAUGUAGUAUUUUUACCGUUGUCCCAUAUUGCGUGAAGAAUGAAUUUGGAUUCAGAUAAGAUCGUUAUGUUUACGGGAACACCCACAUUAACUCUAAAUCGCGCCUUUAAUUCCCAGUUAAUUCUUUGUCAUUCAGGAGAGAGAUAAUACGAUGUUUAUUUACAAUACAAUUAAAUCUGCUGUACAUUGUGCACAGACCCAAUUCAA